AUGGAUUCGGACGACGAACUCGAGCGCGAGAUGGCGGCGCUGGAAUCGGUGAAACGCGAGCGCGCGGGCGCGCGGGACGGCGCGACGGCGAGGAAGAGUUACGCGAACAAUGAAAAGGGGUUGGAGGCGAGCCUGGAAGAUUUUAAAUGGACGCAUAAGGCGAAAUGGAUCGAUCACAUGACGAUCACGGGGACGAAUGCGGAGCGCGUGGUGGAUGUGAACGACGACUUGACGAGGGAAACGUUUUUUUACGAGCGAGCGUUGGAGAGCGCGAACGAGUGCGUGCGACGGUUGAAAGAUCUCGGAGUUCCCGUGCGAAGACCGGAUGAUUACUACGCUGAAAUGGUGAAGAGCGAUGAGCACAUGAAGCGCGUGCGAAGUGAGUUAUUGUUCGAGCAACAACAGUUGGAGAUUCGCGAGGAGCGCAGGAAAGCGCGCGAAUCGAAAAAGUACGGUAAACAAGUGCAAGCCGAGAAGAUCAAGCAACGAACGCUCGACAAGAAAUCGCAAAUUAAAAGUUUGGAUAAGUGGAGGAAGCAGCGCCAGAAGAGUGGGUUCGCGGACGACGGCAAGGCGCCGUUCGAGGGCGCGGGUGGCGACGCCAAGCGCAAGCGCGAGGAUCGGGAUUCCAAAUACGGCUUCGGUGGACGUAAAAAGGUACGUGCGAUGCUCUCGUCGAAACGCGCGCGAAGAUGUUAG